CGCAAACUUCCUACUGUUCUCCUCCUUCCCUGGUUCUUGCACAAUGAAUCACAACAGAUAAACAGAGACUUUUCGCUUCCCUUCACGUUCAACCAAGUAUAAUCUUGUACUGCAAAACCUACCAUCUUAGCUGUAAAAGAAGGCUUAAUUCCGAGGAUGAACCAGUUCGUGGCAAGGUCCUUCGCGAUUCGAGGACUUCUCAAUGGCGGGAAAAUUUGCACUUCCACGGUGGCGAUGGCGGGAAGUGUAAAAGGGAUGCCUCCUGUGGAGGUGUCGGAGUUGGGGGGCCAAAACUGUAUGUCGUUCGGUGUGUUUUACUGGAAGAGGAUGAUGAGCUCUACGUCAGCGGAGACUGAUAAGGUGUUGGCUCCAAAUGAGAAGGAGAAGGACAAGAAGGAGAAUUCGUUGACGGAAGAACAGAAGAGGAAGGAAGCUGGAGUGGUUUUUUCGAGCUAUUGGGGGAUCUUGAGGCCCAAGGUCACCAGAGAAGACGGUACGGAGUGGCCUUGGAAUUGCUUCAUGCCAUGGGAAACUUAUAGAGCGGACACAUCAAUAGAUCUGGGGAGGCACCAUGUUCCAAAGACUUUCUUGGAUAAAUUUGCAUACAGGACAGUAAAAAUCCUUCGAAUCACAACAGAUAUGUUUUUUCAGAGACGAUAUGGGUGCCAUGCAAUGAUGUUAGAAACAGUGGCAGCUGUACCAGGAAUGGUGGGAGGGAUGCUGCUGCACCUAAGGUCACUCCGCAAGUUCCAGCAGAGUGGUGGUUGGAUUAAGGCUUUACUUGAAGAAGCAGAGAAUGAGAGGAUGCACUUAAUGACAAUGGUGGAGCUUGUGAAGCCCAAAUGGUAUGAGAGGCUAUUGGUUCUGACUGUGCAGGGAGUCUUCUUUAAUGCAUUCUUUGCGCUUUAUUUACUCUCUCCCAAACUGGCACAUAGAAUUGUUGGGUAUUUAGAGGAGGAGGCUGUACACUCGUAUACGGAGUAUUUGAAGGAAAUUGACGAUGGUAACAUUGAAAAUGUUCCUGCUCCUGCUAUUGCAAUUGACUACUGGAGGCUUCCCAAGGAUGCAACACUGAAAGACGUCAUAAUAGUUAUCCGUUCUGAUGAAGCUCACCAUCGGGAUGUUAACCAUUUUGCUUCUGAUAUUCAUUACCAGGGAAAAGAAUUGAGGGAGUCACCAGCACCUGUGGGUUAUCAUUGAGAGUGUUUUUGUGCAUAGAACUUACAAGGAGACUUAUCUUGAAAGCAUCUCAGACAAUGUCCCCCUGUAUAUGAAUAAGGAGUUUGGUCCCUGUGAGCUUGGAUAGCAUAGUUGUAUGAAAUUAAGAUGGCAUAUAGUAUGUAUAUCUUGGACAAUAGGUUCCUUGGGAGUUGAAAUAUAGAAAGAUGUAUCACAUUAUUGUGGUUUUUAUCAAAUAUUUCCACUGAAUCUGGGAAACAGAUUAAAGA